CACAUUAAAGGAAAAGACAAAAUUCAAUGGCGAAUAAGAAAACAUAAAGAGGUAUAAGACAACACAACGACAAAGAAGAAAACAACAGAAAAUCCUCUUUUGCAUUUCAGGGCCAGCAUGAAAAUCUCACUUUUAUACUUUAAACAUUAAAAGACACAGACGAGCAUUUGCCAAAAAAUGCACUUUGACUGCUGACUUGCAGGAUGUUUGAAAGAAUCUGAGAUCUUGUCACGAGUGAAGUAAAUGAGCUCAGACUCUAAACGACCUGGGCCUGUUUGUUAUCUGAAAGAAAACGGUACAUUUCCAAAAAAGCUACAGCUGCAAUUACAGCACCAGUGUAAUUGCAGUUUCAGUUCCAGACACAUUCACUGUGUUUGUUUUUGGGCGCAACACACUGCACCACACCCAAACUUCCAAAAACGUCCCUCCAGUUCCCCAAGCAUUUUGAUUGUUGAGCCUCCAAACCAUUACAGUGAAGUGGGACUUCACCUUCAUCUCAGAAUCAGUAUUCGGGAUGUUUGCACGUCCCUUAAAAGUGUGUUUACACGUGUCUUGAAUGGAUCCAGAAUGGGAAACUGGCGUCUGGAGCUGGACAUCUCUCCUCCAGACAAAUGGCUCUUGUCAUAUACUGUUCCCUGAGGAAGAAAGAGAGAGAGGGAGAAAGAGAGGGAGAGAGCCCUUAAAAGCAAACACAAGCAGAGAGGCGCACACACUUAAACACACAGAGACGGAGAGGAGAGAGUCCCAUCCCUUCUUUCCCUGUCUGCUCAGUGUCUGACACUCAUUUUACUCCAUAUCUGGAACUCAUUUCCACUUAAAGGGUUUUCAUGCCGAAACAAACAGGACAGCGGACAGUGGACUAACAGUGGCCCUGGCAGUAAAAUGGUUCCAGUUAAACUCCUCAUUCUGGGAGCUCAGAACACUGGAAAAACAGCGCUGUGCGUCCGUUUCAUAACUAAACGCUUCAUUGGCGAAUACGACCAUAAAAAGGAGGUGACCUACAGAUGUAGUCGGCUGGUGGACCAGGAAACUGUUGACCUGGAGAUUUUGGACAUAGCUUGUAAGGAGAGCACUGUGGCUUCUCUGGAGUCGUCUAUCCGCUGGGCUGAUGGUUUCCUGCUGCUCUACUCCAUCACACAGCGCCUCAGCUUCCUGGAGGUCCCGCGCCUCAAGGAACUCAUCGAACAAACCAAACAGAGCCUGGUCGUUCCUACAGUGCUAGUAGCCAAUAAGGCCGAUUUGGAAAUAGGGCGGGAGGUGACAGCAGAGGAAGGACAGCGAAUGGCCAAGGAUUUAAGGUGUGGUUUCAGGGAGCUGUCAGUGGCCGAAGCCAUUUCAGCUGUGGAGGCAGCAGUGUUUCAACUCAUCAGGCUGGUGUUGGAUCAGCAGCGGCCUCUGCCUGACCGGCGCUCCUACAUGCUGACGGUUCGCCACGCUCUGACCAGGAAACUGACGCGAUCCAAGACCAUGCAGUGGUGACCACAGCAGACAAACGCUUCGCCAGCUACAGUUACAGUGGGACAUUUGAUAAAACACUGCUGAUUUCAUGAUAUCGGCCCUGUAGCACUGAAACAAAAAGAUGUUUGGACAUUGUCUAGUUGAAGCUUCGACCUUUCUGGAGUCAGGGAUCGUGCAGGAAGAGUCUACGACAUCACAAAAAUUACCCAAUUGUGAUGUUUUGCGAUUUAAAGCUGAUGAGUACAAGAAAUUAAACUUUAAGCUAAACUGGUCAAACAUGCAGUUUGUGAUACUGCUGCCCAAUUUCGGCGCAUUCAUCUGGAAAAGAGGCAUAAGCAGGAUGAAUACAAUGAUUUAACAGUGGGUAUAUGUAGUGGGCUAAUAAAACUAAAAUAGAUAGAAAUAUGUAUUAUAAAAUAUGAUGUUGGUAUAUAUACUGUACAUCCAUAGAUGCAUGUGUCCUAGUUUGUAGUGUUUUUCAUCUUCCACUUGAGGGCGGUAGAGUCACAGUCUGCACAGUGGGUCAAAUACACCAAAUGGCCAAAUGUAUGUGGACACCCUGGUGCAGCUGGAUGGAGAACAGAGAAGCAGAGGAUGUAACAGCAGCAGAUUGAUUCCCAUUGUUUUGGAAUGAGAUGAUCCAGAAACCCAAUGUUACGGUGUCCACAUACUUUUGUCAUUCCUGUCAUUGUCCUCUCACAUGAUGAUUUCUCUUACCUGUAGAUAAACAACGAAGUUAAACUUGUA